GGCCAGCGUCAAUUUGAUAUCACCUUGAUAAGAUAUCUCGGGAGGAGAGCGAACGCGUCCCAUCAGCUGAUUAUGGAGGUAAACAAGGCAGCUGUAGCACCUCUCUUGUCACCUCCUGGCAUCGCGGCCUCUCUCUCACCUGUGACCAUGGUAUAAUGAAGCAACAGGGGAGGACAUUAUUUUGUGUCUGGUGUGCGUAUUUGGUGUGUGCUUGUGCUUCCUGGAGUGGCGUGAAAACCAAAGAGAACGACUCGACAGGCACUGUGCCUGUGCUGACGGCCACGAGACAGAACAAAAGCCAGCCUGCCGAGGGAGGACACCACAUUAACCACACCAUCUCUCUCCAUCACCUCGUGUCGCCCAAUGCAAUUUUGAGUCCAGAGGCUUUUGCAUUGAACGCUUCAAACAGCAAUUCCUUGGAGAAUGAAAGACAAAGUAGUACAUACGUCAGUCCCACCACUGAGGCCUUGCCACUGCCAGACACUUCACCACAGACAGUGUUACUCCAAGAUGUUACUAGAGCCACAGAAUACAGCAGGGGCCUCGAUGGUGAGAAAACAUUGCAAGGAGGUGAAAGUCUAGCCUCCUACAGGGGUGUGUCAGCCAACUCAAUUUCAACCAUUCAGUCCUUUCAUGAAAGUAGAUCAAAAAGUAGUGAUUCAGAAAAUGAAGAGCAAGGUGUUACUGAAUCAGCACCAUUCACUGGGAAUCAGAGUGUUGAAACCACAUAUGCCACCACACCACUGGAUGUCACAACGGCACACAUUCAUCACAACAAACAAGACCAUGGACAAACAGUACACCAGUAUCCAAGAAGUGUUUGUGACAAUACUGAUGGUGUGAUACUCCAAGAAGAAGAAUAUUCAUUGCUCAACCACACCCACAAGAUUACUGUCAUUCAGAACCACUCGACAGUCUCAGUUAUAAUUACUGACUUUGAUAAAAGUGCAAGAUUCCUCAUUUUCCAAGCCCAUUCUCAGAACCAUUACCUCAUUUUGAGUGACCAGAUGAUGCCAGCCAAAAGCUGCUACACUAACAGCACGGACCCUGGCCUGGUGGUGUGGCUUGAUGACUUUAGCUGUAACACCACAGCUUGUUACGUCUUCAUCACUAACUGCCACAACACUAAUAUUACAGUGUUGUUCAUGGUGCAGAACUAUACUAGUCUUGAUCCCAUCCCUGGCAAGUACAAGACUCCCUGUGUGGCCAUGCCCUUCCUCAACAUGGACCCCAACAUCCUCACCACAAAGGUGUCCUAUCAGGCAGCAGCCAUGGCCUCCUGGGAGUCGGACAAAGUGGUGGGCUCUCUACGCUAUGAAGUAUUCCUCACCUACAUGUAUGAAAGGGACCAGAGUGAAUCCAAGUACUGGGACACACUCAUUGCCACCAGCACCCUCCGGGGACUCAAGGAAAAUGGAAAAUCGGUGGACGUCAGAGAAAACAAUGACACGGCAGCACAGCUGAACGUGUGGCUGGUGUCGUACUCAGGUGUGGGAGCUGUGGUCACUGUGGUGGUGUCCUACAAUGGUUCCAAUGGUACUCUGUAUUCCUCAGGCGUGUCCUAUGGUUGUAACUUCAUAGAUGCAGAAAAGUACAGUUGUACUAAACUUGUAACUUCUCUGGCCAAGCUGUUUUGUGCUGCCCUGCUCUUCAUUGGUGCCAUCUUACUGUUUUUUGGACACCGAUGGCUCAACUUUACCAUGUUCAUCUCUGGUUUCUUCUUUGCCUGGUGCAUGCUGUUCCUUAUGUUUGCUCAAGACACCCACACCACCAUAACUGGGCUGGGAUGGGGCACCCUGGUGGGGGCAGUGAUAGGAGGGGCCCUAUGGCUGGUGGGGUGGCACAUGUUCCAGCGACCAUUCCACUCCUCGCUGCUCAUCAUUGUCAUGGCUGUCCUCUUUGUGGGCAUGAUGGUGACUUACUUCCUCAGAUUUGCAAUAUCUCCCAAGACUUCCAACCUUUCAGCUUUUGUAGUGUUUCCAGUGUUCUUUGCUAUUGUCAUCAUUGCCUACUCCAUUAUCGACAUCAAGAAGGUUCAUAUAUUUUCCUGCACUUUGCUGGGUUCCUAUUCCUUCAUAGUGCCCUUUGCCUUUUACUUUGGUUCCUCACUGACCUACAUAGUGAUCAAUGUGCUGGGUUUGGUGACAGUACAGCACUACCCCGAUACAGUGGGCUACCCUCCCUUCCAGGUGUGUGACAUCAUCCUUCUGUGUCUGUGGGUGGUGCUGUUCACUGGUGGAAUGGCCUACCAGCUGUAUCGAGAGCGUGCCAGUCCACCCUUCCAUCCGCCCAAUCUCACCUCAUGGAAUGACUUCAAGAAAUCAGUGAACUUUGUGCUUGACAAGGUGUUCAUUUGUCUACCCAUGGACCCAGACCCCGGCGGCAUGGACAUUGAGGAGCGGCCGGCCUGGAUGCUGAGGGUGGUUUACACUUCCAAGCUGGUCUGGUGGAGGCUCACAUGUAAAGGAGGUGAUAUCCCAGAGUCUGGAUAUGAGAGCUUCCCCAGAAUAAGGAGACUCUCACAGUAUAAUGAUCAAGACUCUGAGACCAAUGAAUCUAAAAUGGCUAUGAUACUCUCCAGACUAAGAGAAUGGAAGGGAAGGGUUCGACACUACUUCAGGAGAGGGGAUGAGAGACUCUUACAGGAGAGUGAAGAUGAGGAGCAGCAAAGAGAGGAAGAGGAGGAAAGAGAGGAAGAUGAGAGCCAGCUUCUUGAAGGUACAGUGUCCUGUUGUGCCUUCAGAAACUCACAAGUGGUGCUUGAUGAUGCUUACACAACCAAUACAUAACCUUAAAAUACA